UAGUUGGGGUAACGAUAUACGGCAGGUGGUGCUACAUUUGCAGCGAAAAGAGCGCGCUAUGCAAUGCUAAGUUGAUAGUUAAGAGUACAGCAUCGAGCAAAGAGUGCGCGUUCAUGGACCGCAAGCUCCACCAUAUGGGCAUGCAACUCCAUCGCAGUCGCACGUUUUUUACGUUGGCUUUCAUUCUCGUUGGCGCUGUGCUGUCUGCUGGGCAAAAUAACGCGAACGUGAACAGUGAACAGCGAAGUGCGGACAGCUUCACGAAUGUGCCAGGCCAGCAACCGAGACGAGCAGCGUAUAUAAAACGGCAUAUCAGCAGCGGCAGCGCUGUCAUUCGCCGGCGGUGCUUACAACCAGUGUGUAUACGGUGCGAUUGGUGCGCGCAAAACGUCAGCAACGGAAUAAAACAAACGAAACGUCAAAAAAACAACGAAAAACAUAUACAAAACAAAGGGCGCUGGCGAACUAAACUGUGGCUGCUGGAAUGCAGUGAAUGCGCUGCCAAGUGACUUCAGUGUAUAAAUUACUAAAUUGAACGCUGCUAGUUUUUAAAAGUUCCAUACAAACAUAGAAAGUAAAAACAAAAGCAACAACAAAAAAUACAAAAUUCAGCGAAAUAAACAUUUUAGUGAUUUUCUUUGUGUUUUGCCAAAUACGCGCAGUUUGACAGACACUGGAGGGCGAGUGUGCGGGAAUUUCGUGCUUUGACAUUUAAUUAUUUGUUUUUAAUAAAUUUUUUUUUGUGCUAAAUUAUAAACAAUUGACUGUUGUGCUGUUAUCGCACGCUUUUGUUGUGUUUAUAGCUAUUGAGCCACUUUGGGCGCUGACGAGACGCUUCGAGUGCAUUUCUGUGCGCACACAACGUGUCUGCUCCAAUUUUGUACGGAAGAAGAAGAAGCAGUAACAACAACAACAACGCAAAUUAGCUGCAUAACAAAAACAAAGCACAAGUACGUGCAUAAACAAACCGUUUUACAUUAAAAAUAUAACAAUAAAAUAAUUAAAGCAAGUGAGAAAGUGCGUUGGAGACAAUAAAAAAAAUUUGGAAGGAAUAAAGAAAAUUAUAAAGAAAAGUGUGAAAAGCAGUAAGGCGUGCAUUUGGCAGUAGAAGAAAUACAUUUAUUUGAGCGCUUAAAAGCAUUAAAGCAAAAAUGGAUACCGACAACAAAAAGCCUUUUAAGAUCAAGGAUGUGACACGCAAUAUCAAGAAAGCCGUUGUCGCUGGCACACUCGAGGAAUUGCGCUUAAAGGUAGCUGAGAAAUUCGAACAUGUCAACGAUCAGCCGUCAACCAUACAUUUGGAUUCUGAUGGCACGGAAAUCGACGAUGAGGAGUACUUCCGUACGCUGGAGGAGAAUACAGAAUUGAUUGUUGUUUUUCCAGGCGAACAUUGGAUUGAUCCUACUAACUAUGUCACAAUUACCAGUCAUCGCGGCAGCAAUAGCGGCAUUGUUGGAGGCGGUGUUGGUGUUGGCAACGAACAGCUUGGCGACACCACCGAUGCUGUGGCUGAGACGGCGCGCAUCAAACAAUUGGUCGGACAACUGCAAAAUAAUCUGUGCAAUGUGUCGGUGUUGAGCGAUCCCGAUUUGGAUUCUUUGUCGAAUAUGGAUCCGAAUUCGUUGGUGGACAUAACGGGCAAGGAUUUUAUGGAGCAAUUGAAGGAUUCAGGCAGACCAUUGUGUGCAAAGCGAAACGCUGAGGACCGAAUUAACCUGUUAAAAUUGCUGCGUGAGGGCGCCAUCUUUUGUUCCGAACGUUAUCCGGAGGAUGCGGAGGCCAUCGAUAUGGAGAUUAGUAGGCAGUUGAAUAUGGAUGUGGCGCAAACAACAACUACGGUCACGACUAACACGAACACAACAACUACAAUUACAGCGAACACAACUACAGUUAAUAUUGGCGUAUUAGCAGCACAACAACAACAAUUCCAACAGACUAUUACAACAAACAAGACAAUCGAACAAGUGCAAAGUGUAGCGGCGGCGGCAGUGGCGGCAGCAGCUGCUCAACGCAGAGCUGCGAUGGAGGCGCAAAUGACUUCGGUCGAUGUGGUGACCAUUGUGGAGACGCAUGCGGCAGCAACAACAAACACACAGAAUAAUAAUAACCAAAAUCAGAAGUUGACAACCGCCGGCAGUAACAACAAUAACAAAACAAACGAUAUAUGACUACCGAUUUUUAGCAGUAUAACUUGAAAUUUAGAGAGCGUUUACAAGGAGAAGGGUUAAGUGCAUAAUAGCAGGGUGGACUAACAGUAGUUGUGCAAUUUAUAACGGUAAAUCGAACUGUAUUGAAAGUGUAAUAUUUACAGUUAACGUGCGAAUUUUGUGUACAUGUAAGUUGCUCAACAAUAAAAAAAAGAAAAAAACAAGAAAUGAAAAUAAUUUUUUGUUGCGGUUGAACUGCCUGAUAAGGUGGGAGCGUGUAGUAAAUACCAAUAAACUAAAAAAAUUACAAAAUUUAACACACACUUAGAAACGAUGCGCGAUCAGUCAAACACAAUGUUUAGCUAGGGUUAAGUGCUUAUGUGGGUAGAAUAUAUGGAUAUAUGUAACACUCAAAGAUCACGAGGCGAUGGCCGGUGUGGCGUAUAUAAAUGAAAAAAACAUAACGAAAAUGCUCAUUAACGAAUUAAAUUUACGGCGCUAAUAUAACAGUUAGAACGUAGCUCAUAAUGUAAGCAGCACCUCAUUUUUAGCUUUUUCACAAAAUAAACUCACUCAUAUAAAAUAUCGCGCUCAUAUGAAAUACUCACGUCAUACAAUUUAUGCUUACAUUCACCUCUUAAUGUGUAGUACAUAUAUAAGCAAUGCGCACCGUUAUGCACAGAUUUCACUCAACAUUGUGCACUUACUCAUUGAGUCACUCAAUUUGGAACAUUUUGAGUUGAGAUUUUAAAAAAUAUAUAUUUUUAAUUUCUAUUUUUUUAUUCGUAAGUAUUUGCUCAGUAAAAAGUAUUAAAAUAAUUACUCAAUUACAUUUGAUCACAUUUCACUCAACAUUUGUGAACUAUAACAAAUCACUUAUCAUGAGUCACUUUCACACUCAAUUC